AUGUCGCUCCAAUCAUCUGUUCAAAGGGUGAGAAACCUCGGUGGAUUAAGGCCUCGGAUCGUUGGUUCCUUGGGAAGGCCUCACUUCACUACUACUGCUACCGAGUCUUCUUCUUCUUUUCCUCCUCCUUCCUCCGAUCAAACUUCCCCUCCGAGGGUUCCCAAUCUCAUAGGAGGUUCAUUUCUUGAUUCAAAGUCACCUUCAACAAUUGAUGUGAUUAAUCCGGCCACUCAAGAAGUGGUAUCCCAAGUUCCCUUAACCACACUUGACGAGUUCAAAGCUGCUGUCUCUGCUGCAAAGAAUGCUUUCCGGUCAUGGCGUAAUACUCCAAUUACCACCCGUCAGAGGGUCAUGCUUAAGCUCCAAGAGCUUAUCCGGAGAGAUAAGGAUAAACUUGCGUUGAAUAUUACAACCGAACAAGGGAAGACGCUGAAAGAUGCACAUGGGGAUGUAUUUCGUGGCCUAGAGGUGGUGGAACAUGCUUGUGGAAUGGCAACCCUCCAAAUGGGGGAGUAUGUUUCUAAUGUGGCACAUGGAAUUGACACAUAUAGCAUCAGAGAGCCACUAGGUGUAUGUGCUGGAAUUUGCCCAUUUAACUUCCCUGCUAUGAUUCCUUUAUGGAUGUUCCCCGUUGCAGUUACAUGUGGCAAUACCUUUGUUUUAAAGCCAUCAGAGAAAGAUCCAGGGGCGUCAUUAAUGCUUGCCGAAUUGGCAAUGGAGGCUGGCCUGCCAGAUGGUGUUCUGAACAUUGUCCAUGGCACCAACGAUAUUGUCGAUGCUAUUUGUGAUGAUGAGGAUAUCAAAGCUGUUUCCUUUGUUGGCUCUAAUACGGCUGGCAUGCAUAUCUAUGCAAGAGCAUCUGCAGCAGGAAAGCGCGUUCAGUCCAAUAUGGGUGCAAAAAAUCACGCAAUAGUGAUGCCUGACGCCAACAUUGAUGCUACAAUAAAUGCUUUGGUUGCUGCUGGUUUUGGUGCUGCUGGUCAGAGGUGCAUGGCACUGAGCACAGUGGUUUUUGUUGGAGAUUCAAAACCAUGGUUGAGUAGACUUGUGCAGUCUGCAAAAGCUUUGAAAGUAAAUUCAGGAACAGAACCUGAUGCUGACCUAGGUCCAGUAAUUAGUAAGCAGGCCAAGGAACGGAUACACCGAUUAAUUCAAAGUGGUGUCGAAAGUGGUGCUGAGCUAGUACUUGAUGGGAGAAAUAUAUUGGUUCCAGGGUAUGAGAAUGGCAACUUCGUUGGUCCAACCAUCUUGGCAGGUGUCAGACAAGAUAUGGAGUGCUACAAGGAGGAAAUCUUUGGUCCUGUUCUAAUCUGCAUGGAGGCUGACAGCUUAGAGGAAGCAAUCAGUAUUGUGAACCGAAACAAAUAUGGCAAUGGAGGUUCUAUCUUUACGGCAUCAGGUGCUGCUGCGAGGAAGUUCCAGACUGAAAUAGAGUGUGGACAGGUUGGCAUCAAUGUUCCCAUCCCGGUUCCAUUGCCCUUUUUCUCCUUUACCGGCAAUAAAGCGUCAUUUGCUGGAGAUCUGAAUUUCUAUGGCAAGGCAGGAGUGAACUUUUACACACAGAUCAAAACAAUAACCCAACAGUGGAAGGAUUUGCCAGAUGGAAGCGGAGUUUCACUCGCAAUGCCUACUUCUCAGUAG